GCCGCAGCCCCAGCCCCCAGCCCCCCAGCCCCCCAGCCCCGACCCUCGCGCCGCGCCGAGACAGGGGCCGGGCGGCGGGGGCGCGGAGGCCGCGGCGCCGCUUUGUCGUCGGGCCCGGGCCGAGGAGGCGGCGGGGGGGCGGGCGGAGGGGGGAGCUCGGCGCCCCGCUCCCUCGGCGGCUCAUGGCGACGGCGCUCGGCACAUCCGGGACCCUCCGGCCGCGGCGGCCGCGGCGCCGGCCGCUCGGACCCCAGCCCCGGCCGCGGUGGUGACUCGGCCGCGCCGCCCCGCUUCCCGCCGCCGCCCGCUCGACUCCCCGGCCGGACAUGUCUCACCCCGCGGGCCGGAGGAGCGGGCCCGUCAAGCUGCGCCUGACAGUACUCUGUGCAAAAAACUUGGUGAAAAAGGAUUUUUUCCGACUUCCUGAUCCAUUUGCUAAAGUGGUGGUUGAUGGGUCUGGACAGUGCCAUUCUACAGAUACUGUGAAGAAUACACUUGAUCCAAAGUGGAAUCAACAUUAUGAUCUGUAUAUUGGAAAGUCGGAUUCAGUUACAAUCAGUGUAUGGAAUCACAAGAAGAUCCAUAAAAAACAAGGUGCUGGAUUUCUUGGUUGUGUUCGUCUUCUUUCCAAUGCCAUCAACCGCCUCAAAGAUACUGGUUAUCAGAGGUUGGAUCUAUGCAAACUUGGGCCAAAUGACAAUGAUACAGUUAGAGGACAGAUCGUAGUAAGCCUUCAGUCCAGGGACCGUAUAGGCACAGGAGGACAAGUUGUGGACUGCAGUCGUCUGUUUGAUAAUGAUCUCCCAGACGGUUGGGAAGAAAGACGAACUGCUUCUGGAAGAAUUCAGUAUCUGAACCACAUAACGAGAACUACACAGUGGGAACGCCCAACACGACCGGCAUCUGAAUAUUCUAGUCCCAGCAGGCCUCUUAGCUGCUUUGUUGAUGAGAACACUCCAAUUAGUGGACCCAAUGGUGCAACAUGUGGACAGUCUUCAGAUCCCAGACUGGCAGAGAGGAGAGUCAGGUCACAACGACAUAGAAAUUACAUGAGCAGGACACACUUGCAUACUCCUCCAGAUCUACCAGAAGGCUAUGAACAGAGGACAACACAGCAAGGUCAAGUGUAUUUCUUGCAUACUCAGACUGGUGUGAGCACGUGGCAUGACCCAAGGGUGCCUAGGGAUCUUAGCAACAUCAAUUGUGAAGAGCUUGGGCCAUUGCCUCCUGGGUGGGAGAUCCGAAAUACGGCAACAGGCAGAGUUUAUUUCGUUGACCAUAACAACAGAACAACACAGUUUACAGAUCCUCGACUCUCUGCUAACUUGCAUUUAGUUUUAAAUCGGCAGAACCAGUUGAAAGAUCAGCAGCAGCAGCAAGUGGCAUCGCUGUGUCCUGACGACACAGAGUGCUUGACAGCUCCACGAUACAAGCGAGACCUGGUUCAGAAACUAAAGAUUCUGCGCCAAGAACUUUCUCAACAACAACCUCAGGCUGGCCAUUGCCGCAUUGAAGUUUCCAGGGAAGAGAUUUUUGAGGAAUCCUACCGACAGGUCAUGAAAAUGAGACCAAAAGAUCUCUGGAAGCGAUUAAUGAUAAAAUUUCGUGGAGAAGAAGGCCUGGACUAUGGAGGAGUUGCCAGGGAAUGGCUGUAUCUCUUGUCACAUGAAAUGUUGAAUCCAUAUUAUGGCCUCUUUCAGUAUUCGAGAGAUGAUAUCUACACACUGCAGAUCAAUCCUGACUCUGCAGUUAAUCCGGAACAUUUAUCGUAUUUCCACUUCGUUGGACGCAUAAUGGGAAUGGCAGUGUUUCAUGGACAUUAUAUUGAUGGUGGUUUCACAUUGCCUUUUUAUAAACAGUUACUUGGCAAGUCAAUUACUUUGGAUGACAUGGAGUUAGUUGAUCCAGAUCUUCAUAACAGUUUAGUGUGGAUACUUGAGAACGAUACUACAGGUGUCUUGGACCAUACCUUUUGUGUCGAACAUAAUGCAUAUGGCGAAAUCAUUCAGCAUGAACUUAAACCAAAUGGCAAGAGUGUCUCUGUUACUGAAGAAAAUAAGAGAGAGUAUGUCAGGCUCUACGUCAACUGGAGAUUUUUACGAGGCAUUGAGGCGCAAUUCCUGGCUCUGCAGAAAGGAUUUAAUGAAGUAAUCCCUCAGCAUCUACUGAAGACAUUUGAUGAAAAGGAAUUAGAGCUCAUUAUUUGUGGACUUGGGAAGAUAGAUAUUAAUGACUGGAAGGUAAACACCCGGUUAAAACACUGUACACCAGAUAGCAAUGUUGUCAAGUGGUUCUGGAAAGCUGUGGAGUUUUUUGAUGAAGAGAGACGAGCACGGUUACUUCAGUUUGUGACAGGAUCAUCUAGAGUGCCCCUGCAGGGAUUCAAAGCUUUACAAGGUGCUGCGGGCCCACGGCUGUUCACCAUCCACCAGAUUGAUGCCUGCGCUAACAACCUGCCAAAAGCCCACACCUGCUUCAAUCGAAUAGACAUUCCACCCUAUGAGAGCUACGAAAAGUUAUAUGAAAAGCUGCUAACAGCCAUUGAAGAAACAUGUGGAUUUGCUGUGGAAUGACAGGCUUCAAGGGUUUAUCCGGGACUCUAUUUAUACCCCUGGAAGAUAGCUUUCUUUCAGCAAUGUUUUGAGGAAUGCUGAAAUACAAGAAUCCCCCCCCCCCAAAAAAAAAAAAAGGCUUUUUUUUUAAAGGACACUGAUGGGAAAAGACAAUUUUGAAAUUCCUUGUUAAGGGGGAAAAAAAAGGUCUUUAUGCGUUGCCAUGAGGCCACAUUCAGCUGCUAUUUAAAAUUUAUAUCUUGAACCUAAAGAACGCUGACUUGCCCUACCUUUCCAGAGUUAGGCAGUAUUCUACACUUCGAGACUACUAUUUUUAUAAAAGGCAAUCUAUUCCAGUCACUUCACAGAUCUCAAGUCUCUCACAUCAAGACAACUUCAGCAGUCGGUACAAGUCACAUUUCAUUUUGAUUGAAUACAUGAUUUUAAACAGCUCCUGUACUUGCUUUGUAAAAAAUAAAAUUAUUUUGAAUUAUU